AUGGAACCUAUAAAUUCGUCAAAAAAAAAUCUAUCCGAAAAGUCAUUUGAAAAGUCAUUUGAAAAGUCAUUUGAAACGUCAUUCGAUAAGUCAUCCGAAAAGUCAUUCGAUAAGUCAUUCGAUAAGCCGUCCGAAAGAUCAUCAGAGAAACCAUCAAGACCGGUUGUAACGCGUAUUAAUACGGGAGAUCGUAGUAUACCUAAAAUUAUUGAACCAACUGAUGAUAAUGUGGUUAAUUUUGAAAUAAUUGAACAAAAGCAAAAUAAUCAAGAUAUAAACAUAAAUAUGCUUGCAUCACAAGUUGAAGAUUUUUUUGUUACUUCACCAACAGAUUCAAUUGAUAUUUCUGUACGCGACAUAAAAUCAGAUGAAGCUGAUGGGGUUUUGGUAGCACUUGUUGAUCGAGAAGCAGAAAUGAAAGAUUUAUUUGAGAAAAAUGAUGAAUAUUUUGAAAUGGUUAAAAAUAGUAUCUUUUCUUCAGAAGAAAAUGGUGAAUGGCAAGAAUUUCUUGAGAUUCUUUACUCUCCACGUGAUCGUAUUCCGGACUUGGAUUGGAUGAAUAAAAUUUCAGGAUUCUUGGAGAUGAAUCCACAACUUUUGGCAAAUUUCAAAGAAAUUGUUGGAUUCUAUGAUAACACAGAAGAUCACAUGAUAACAUCUGAAAUUAACGAAGAAUAUGAAGAAAUCACAGAGAUUGUAGAUAUAACACUUAUAAGAGAUCGACCGAAAAUCAUGGAAAAUAUUUUAAAUUCAUAUCCCCAAUUUUUUAUAAAUGCACAACAGUUAAUGAGUCAAGUGCAAAAACGACCUGGGAGUGCAUUGGGUAGAAAUCAUUUAACAGAUGAUAUACCAUUUCAAAAUUUUGACAUGCCACUUGAAAAUUUGAACGAACUUGAUGAACAUGAAUUUCAUGAAAUGAGCGAUGACGAAUGGGAAAUGGCUGUUUACGAAUGUUUAGAUCCUUGGCCUCAGCUUGUCGCACAAUUUGAAGAAAUCGUUGCAUACGAAAUCAACGAAAUUAGAAAUGAUUAA